GUCCGUAAUGGUCACAUCAAGAGGAUAACUGAUAAUGACAUUCAGUCUCUUGUUCUUGAAAUUGUUGGUGUAAAUGUAAGCACCACCUACAUCACGUGCCCAGCAGACCCAAAGAAGACAUUGGGAAUAAAGCUUCCUUACCUCGUCAUGAUCGUCAAGAAUCUCAACAAAUAUUUCACCUUUGAAGUUCAGGUUUUGGAUGACAAGAAUGUUCGACGACGAUUCCGCGCGAGCAACUACCAGUCGACAACAAGAGUGAAACCAUUCAUCUGCACAAUGCCCAUGCGCCUCGAUGAGGGAUGGAACCAGAUAGUGUUCAACCUUGCUGACUUUGUUCGAAGGGCUUAUGGCACAAAUUACGUAGAGACCCUUAGAGUCCAGAUUCACGCAAACUGUCGCAUCAGACGAGUCUACUUUGCAGACAGACUGUACUCAGAGGAAGAGUUACCAGCAGAGUUCAAACUUUACCUCCCAGUUCAGACUAAAGCCAAAUCUGCUAUGUAAAAAUCAUCCUGGAAUUUCUCUCUGAUGACCUUACAACAUUUAUAAAUAGAUACUUGUAUGAUAUAGGCAUUGGUCAGUAAAGUGAUUAGAUUAUAUAUUUUAAAAAGAAUAGAAAUGUGUCACACCAAUCCCACUGUUUACAAAUUUUAGUAGAUGUGUCCAGCCUUGAGGGUAACCCUUUCUACUACUUCCUUUUGACAGCUGAAUAUACAUAAAUCUUUUAUAUCAGGCCUUUCAUACACUUUCCCGACUACUUAUGAUUUCUUUGUGAUAUUGAGAGAUAAGGCAAGAUAACUGCUUUUGUAGUCAAUAUAUUUUGUAUUUUCAGUAUUGCAUGUAGUUUUGGAGCUAAGAAAAUGUGAUCUAAAUAAAUAUACAAAUAGAUUAGCUUUUCAAGACCAGGAAAGGAUAUACUUAGUCUGUCAUAUCUGUGUGCAGGUAUUCAUGUUGACAGUGUUUUUGAUUCACAAGUUUUCUGGGUUCAUUUGAAUAUUUUUAGUUAUGUGUUGUGUAUUACUGUCAAAUUGUAAAACAAAAAUAGUUUGAAAAAAGUGUUCAUUACAGUUGUAAUUUCCUAUAUAUCACUGUAACUGUUCAGUUAGCUUACAUGAGUUGAUGUGUGUGUCAUGUACUGUCUUGUAUUUAGUUAGCUGAGUUUGACUGUCUUCCCAUUAUCAAUUAGCUAUUACUCAACAGGACUGCCUACAUCAUACACUGAUAAUUUUAUUCAUGUUCACAGUGCCAGAUAUUUAACCAAGCAACUGCACAGACAAGAUCCUUUGGGGGAUAAAAAGAAAUGGAAAAGAUUGUGAAGAUAUCAAAAUUUUUCAGGGGAAAAUCAUAAUAUACACCAUGAGACCAGAAA